GUGUUGUUCGUGGAUUCUGUUGAACCAGGCUGUCAAAUGGAUAUUGUUCCUUCAGCAAGUUAAUGCGUCAACGCUACAUUGAGGCUGAAAACUGAUAAAAAUGGGGUCUCGGAUCAAUGUGGAUAAGAUGGGGCUGAUGUGGUCAUAUCUUCUGGUUCUGGGACAAGCCUAAGAAGAUCUUUGAGGUUUACAUGGAGGUGAUGUAUUCUGAGACAAAAGAUUCAAGAACCCACCUACCACCCCUAAUGCAGAAAUGGUUUGGUCUUUGAUUAAGGCGCCAAAUAACACGGCACUAUAGAGAUCUUGCAGUCACGUGACCGGAAAGUACACAACCGCCAUCUUGUCGGUCAAAAACACUGCUGAAUACUGCUGCACUCGUGUACAGAAUGGAUCAAUUUCAACCGACGGACUACACAGCUCAUUUUUCUAAUGAACAGAUAACUAGAUAUAUGUCUAAAAUAAACGAUCUACAGAUUUGUGACCCUUAUGGCUUUCCGGACGGAGUUUUCACGACCGGAUAUUGAACUGCCAGCGGAAUACCCGGACGUGUAUGAUUACCUCAUCAACUUUCCCUGGCUGUUCAGUGGUGAAGCACUGCGUGCUUAUAAAUCUCUGCACAGUUAUCUUUACAGAAAUUCAGGAUUUGUCAGCGACUCAGAUGUGGCAUCUUGUAAACAAGAAAAUAAUCCUCACUGGAUGGGGCCAGAGAUGUGUUGGCUUUUCCCUGAAGACUAUACUGACCAGGAAACUUUGCAGACUGUGCCUAAGUUUUGUUUCCCUUUCAGUAUGGACAGUCUGGCAGUGGCACAAAACUUCACAUUUGUCCUGACUGAUGUUGAUAGUAAGCAGCGUUUUGGCUUCUGCCAACUAUCAGAUGGAGCUCAGAGCGGCUAUUGCUUCCUUAGUUAUCUGCCAUGGUUUGAAGUGUUCUACAAACUGCUGAAUAUGCUGGCCAGCUACACUAAUAAUGGACAGGAGAGUUUAAAGAAGGAAUUGCUGGAGUCUCUACAUGAAUUAUCCAUUCCUGACCCUGGAAUAUCUGUAUACCUGAAUAUGCACACCUGUUUCACUGUGCCUGAUCUAAGGGAGUUGCCAAGUAUUCCUGAAAACACAAACCUGACAAAGUAUUUUGUAGCAGUAGAUGUAAACAACAUGCUUCAUCUGUAUGCAAGCAUGCUGUAUGAACGAAGAGUCCUAAUCAGCUCCAGCAAUCUGAGCACUUUAACAGCAUGUGUCCAUGGUGCGGCAGCCAUGUUGUAUCCCAUGUACUGGCAGCAUGUUUACAUCCCAGUGCUACCACAGCAUCUACUAGACUACUGCUGUGCUCCUAUGCCAUACCUUAUUGGAGUCCACUCCAGCCUGAUGGAGAAGGUGCAGGUAAUGGCUCUGGAUGAUGUUGUAAUCCUAAAUGUGGAUACCAACACACUAGAGACUCCAUUUAAUGAUCUACAGAAACUUCCUCAUGAUGUGGUGUCUGCUCUAAAGAAUCGUCUGAAAAAAGGUUCCAAUACAACGGGAGAUGGGGCAGCACGAGCUUUUUUGAAAUCACAGGCUGCUCUGUUUGGCAGCUACAGGAGUGCUCUACGCAUAGAACCGGAUGAGCCAAUUACAUUCAGUGAGGAUGCAUUUAUCACACACCGAUCUAAUACAAUGAGACAAUUUCUCCAGAAUGCCACUCAGCUUCAACUCUUCAAACAAUUUAUAGAUGGACGUUUGGAACUUUUGAACUCCGGUGAAGGCUUCAAUGAUCUGUUUGAAGAGGAGAUUAAUAUGGGAGAAUAUGCUGGUAGUGAUAAAGUAUACCAUCAGUGGCUUCUCACAUUUAAGAAAGGUGGCGGGGCCAUCUUUAACACUGUGAAGACAAAAGCAAAUCCUGCUAUGAAAACGGUCUACAAGUUUGCAAAGGACCACGCAAAGAUGGGCAUCAAAGAAGUGAAGAGUCGUCUUAAGCAAAAGGAGAUGACAGAGAACAGUCAAUCCAGCAGCAGAGAUGACUCUACCUCCACCCAUUCAGUGUCCACACAAAGAAAGGAUGUGCACACCUGGGAACAGAGACGCCCAAUUACAGUGCACUUUGGACAGUCUUUCCAUCCUUGGCCCCUCGCAGCAAAGAGACCACGCAGCAACCUGGAACUUGAGGGCAGUCAUGAACAGUCUCAAUCUUAUCAAUCUCUGAAGGACACAGAGCUUGUGGAAAAGAAAGGGGAAGUGGGGAAGGUGUGUUUCCAGGGUAACACAACCAUACAUGGGCCAAUACAUACCAAGUUAUCUGAGCUUAGUCUUUUAGAUGAUUCCAUCAUCAAACAGCAGGAGAAGCCUCCAUAUGCCUUACAUACUAUACACAGCACACAAACUGUGCUCGACUCAGGACAGAGCCUAGAGGAGCUAAGUUUGGUCUGCAAGCCGCAUGGCAACUUCAGUUACCAGCAGAUGGCGCUCAGUGGUCAUGAAAAUACUCAGAGUUUUCUCAGCCUGAAGCACUCCAGUUACAACAAAUUUUGGGGCCAGAAGUUACCAGACACUGUCGCCUUUUCCAGCCAAAAUUCAUCCUCCUUUAAUACACCAUUGUCUGUGCUACCACGGGAGCCCUGCACUUCCAGCAAAGAUCGAGCUUCCCCUGGCCCAGAGAUGAUUGAGGAAAGGAGUAUAACAAUUCCUCGCCCACAAAGACAGAAAAAAAUACCAGAACCAGGAGCUGUGCUUUCACCCACAAUGACUAUGCUGCAAAGCAUGAAACAGGAUGAAAAAGAGGUGGCAGAAAGUGUAAAAAGGCCAAUGAUUCACCAGACACUCAAGACAUCGCCUCUGACACAGUCUCAAUCACCGAGCACAGAUCCAGAGCCUGACCUGCUCCACCUGCUAGACCCUCUAAGUGGAGGAGAAGUGCCUUCUGAACCAUCACUUCCUCCUCAGCCUGCUUUGACUCCAUUUCUAGGCCAACACUCUCUUAACCCCUUCACACAGGUCCCCCACUACUUUCUCCAAAAAUACUAUAAUCCUGUGCCUCCAGAUAAUCCCUUUAACACUGCCUACUUGUCACCACAAACUCCUGCCUAUUUUCAUACCCCACCUGUCUUGAUGUUAAGUCAGGCUUCCCCUCUGGGUGGAACCACGAUGAAUGGGGCCUGGCCUGGUGAUAGAGCCUCACCAACCCCCAGCAGUAACACUUCUCUAUACAGUCUGAUUGAUUCUCCAACCCCAUCCUGUCUAUCCCAGGCUCUAUCACCCACCCAUCUGACAGACAAACCUAAUGACCCCUUUAGUGACCUUCUCACUAUGGCAACAUCAUCCAAUGUUAUAACCACACAAACAAAAAGGAAAAUGGAAGGCUUGCACAGAAAAUGGGAGACUUUUGACUAACCUACCAGAGUUGUUUCCUAACCAAUAAAGAUCUAUGGUAUUAAAACAGCCAGUGUAUAUCUCAGCCAGGUUAAAGAUUCCGUUAAUACCCUUACACUGAAAGUUAAGCUAGCACAGAUAGGCAGGAACUGGAUGUUUGACUUCACAUACUCCAGCCAGGACACCAGUGAUGUUACUUGCUAAUGCUUGUUUUUUUUCCUCUUCUGAACAGUGCCACAUUUGAAGUGCACACAAGUUUGUGUGCUGAUUUGAAUGAUUGCAUGAGUAGUCAUUUGAAAUAAGUGAUUACUCACAAUACAGUAAACAGUUAAAACACAAAA